GAGAAGAGUUGGAGGGAGUUCAAAUAUGGAGGAGAAGGUGUUUACAAUAGGACCCUGGGGAGGCAAUGGUGGAGAUAAAUGGGACGAUGGGUGUUUCAGCGGUGUCAGAGAAGUCCAUCUUGAGCAUCGUGACUACAUUAUGUCACUCACUUUGGUUUAUGAUAACCACGGCAAGCGUUUCAAAGCAACAAAACAUGGAGGAUCUAAUCCAAAACUCAAGGCCAAAAAGGAAAAGAUUAAGCUAAAAUACCCGGGCGAAUUCCUUGUUGGUAUUUCUGGGCAUUAUUUUCCCUUGCAUGCUAGGGAUGGCGGUAAUCCGUACAUAAGGUCAUUGAAAUUCAUAAGCAGUAAAAGUAUACUGGAUCCCAAGAAAAGGGGGGGUGCCAUUAAUGUCGUCCAAGAAACCUAUGGACCGUACGGAGUUGAAGAAGGGACACCAUUCGACUUCACAAUGAAGGAUUUAGAAAUUGUGGGAUUUCAUGGUCGCAGUGGUUGGUAUCUGGACUCCAUUGGGAUCCAUCUGCGCCAUCGCCAAGUCAAAACAGAGAAAGGGGAUCACCCUCUAAAAGGACCUGAAAAGAAGGCUGAUUAUUCAGCCUUAGGAAAAUAUGGGGAAGAUUUAACAGAGCUGGCUAAAGCCGGAAAACUUGACAAAGUUUCUAGAAGGGAUGGUGAUAUAAGAAGGUGUAUCCAGGUUCUUUCUCGGAGAACGAAGAACAACCCCGUUCUUAUUGGAGAACCUGGCGUUGGCAAGACUGCCAUUGUCCAAGGGCUUGCUCAAAGAAUCGUUGAAGGAGAAGUUCCUCAAGUUCUAAUGAAUCGAAGGCUUGUUUCCCUUGAUAUAGGUGGCCUUGUUGCAGGAUCAGAGUUAAGGGGACAAUUUGAGGAAAAGUUGAAAGCCGUUCUCAAACAAGUAAGGGAAUCCGAAGGUCAAAUUAUACUUUUCAUUGAUGAGAUCCACACGAUUGUAGGAGCAGGUGCUGGAGUAGAUAGUUCAAUGGAUGCAGCUAAUCUGUUGAAACCCAUGCUUAGUCGUGGAGAGCUGCAAUGUAUUGGCGCAACAACGUUGGACGAACAUCGAAGAUUCAUCGAGAAGGAUCCGGCCUUGGAGCGUCGGUUCCAGCCGGUUUAUGUUGAGCCAUCUUCAGUUGAUGAUACCAUUCGAAUACUCACGACACUCCGAGAAAAAUAUGAGCAGCAUCACGGAGUCCCCAUCUCCAAUGAUGCACUUAAAUAUGCUGCAAAGGUAGCAGAUCGAUACAUUACUUCAAGAUUUUUACCUGACAAAGCUAUUGAUCUGGUUGAUGAAGCAGCUGCAAAAUUGAAGAUGGAAAUGACUUCUAAACCCGCUGAACUAGCCAACAUAAUUGAGACAAUCCAGGCAAAAAAGACAGAGAGAAGCUCUCUCGAUAAAGAAGAUGAUAACGGAGAAUCUAAAACAAAGUUAGAUUCCCUUGAAAAGGAGCUCGCUUCCCUUGAGAAAGAAGAGAAACUUCUGACGGAGCGGUGGAAUUUUGACAAGUCUCUAAUGGCUAAAAUUCACACCAUAAAACAACUGAAAAGCGAGAUGAAUGUACAAAUUAGAGUUGCUAAGCGUCAGAAUGAUUAUGACUAUGCUGCUGAGUUAGCUCGCACUCAACGCUCCUUACAACAACAACUUAAAGAUGUAGAGAAGGAGAUAGACAAGCUUGACGGUCUUAUGAUGAAGGAAAAAGUGACGGUAGAAGAUAUUGCUGAAAUUGUGAGCAAAUGGACUGGUAUACCCAUAUCAAAACUACAACAAUCUGAUAUGGAUAAGUUACUAGAUUUAGAAAAUGAGCUCCAUAAGCGAAUUGUGGGACAAGAUAUUGCUGUGAAGGCAGUAGCUGAGGCUAUCCAACGUUCAAGAGUUGGCCUUGCGUUUCCUAACCGCCCCAUUGCUAGCUUCAUGUUUAUGGGACCUACUGGUGUUGGAAAAACAGAGUUGGCUAAAGCACUUGCCUCUUACUUGUUCCACACGGAAGAAGCGCUGGUUCGCAUCAAUAUGAGCGAGUACAAGGAUAAGCAUAUGGUUUCAAGACUCAUUGGAGCUCCACCGGGAUUCAGAGGGACUGGGGAGGCAGGCCAGCUCACCGAGAGGGUUCGCCGCCGGCCAUAUUCUGUUAUUCUGCUUGAUGAGAUUGAGAAGGCAGACCGCGGCAUCUUGGAUGUUCUGCUUCCAGUCUUGGACGAUGGAAGAGUGACUGAUGCAAGUGGUCGCAAAGUGAGUUUCACCAACACUGUCAUCAUUAUGACCUCCAAUGUUGGAUCCACUGUCAUUCAUAAUGCGAUAAAAAGACAGGAAAGAUAUGAAGAGAUGAAGAAGGAAGUGAUGGCUGCUGCGCAGAAUGAAUUCCCUCCCGAAUUCAUUAAUAGAGUUGAUGAGUUUAUUGUGUUCCAGUCUCUGGACGCUGACCAAAUAAACAACAUUGUCAAGCUCCAGUUGAAUGAAGUAAAGAAGAUAUGUAAGGAGAGCCAAAAGAUGGAAAUAACAGUAAAGGAUAAUGCUGUGAAACUUAUUGCUGAGUGGGGGUAUGACCACAACUAUGGUGCUAGGUUGGUGAAGCGAGUGAUUCAGCAGAAAGUAUUGGGCGAAGUCACCAAAGGCAUUCUACAUGGGAUAUAUAAGGAGAAAGACAGAAUAUUAAUAGACAAAGAUAUCACAAACAAAGAGGGAAAUAAACUCUCCAUUAGGAAGUUUCGAACUGGAUCAGCAUAGACUUCUGUUUUCUUCAAGUUUCAAUAAAUGGAAUGUAUGAGUAACAUUCUAAUUUAA